GAAAAAUACACCGUCGGAUGGGUCUGUGCUCUACCACUCGAGCUCCACGCCGCGCAGGCAAUGCUCGAUGAACGACACCAAGAUCCUCCGCAUCAACCGCACGAGACAAACGUCUACUGUCUGGGCAGAAUCGGCGAGCACAAUGUCGUGGUAGUAUCUUUGCCCGCUGGCCGCUACGGUACGAACUCCGCCGCGGCGUGCGUGGCCCAGAUGAUGGAAAAAUUCCGCUCGAUCAAAUACGGCUUGCUUGUUGGUAUCGCAGGUGGUGUUCCUAGUUAUGAUGCUGAUGUUAGGCUUGGUGAUGUUGUGAUAAGUCAGCCUCGUGGCCAGUAUGGGGGUGUCGUGCAGUAUGACCUUGGGAAGAUAGAGGCCGGGGGAAGGAACCAUCGUACAGGAUACCUGGCUCCGCCACCCACUAUUCUUUUAAACGCCCUUGCCAAGUUUCAGGCACUGGGAAUGGACCAAAGUAGCCAGGUCUUGGCUGAUUUCCCAAUGGCUGGAGGUAUUCGGAAACCGAAUUCGGAUACAUUGUAUGAAUCGCCAUAUGAUCAUGUCGGAGGUGCUACUUGCCGGGACUGUGACUCCAGCAAGGUGAAGCUACGGAGGGAUCGAGCUGAAGAAAUCUGCAUUCAUUAUGGCGUCGUCGCUUCAGGUAACCAGGUCGUUAAGGAUGGGGGCACUCGAGACAAGCUCAGCCGAGAACUAGGAGGCGUGCUGUGUUUCGAAAUGGAAGCAGCAGGGGUGGUCAAUACGCUCCCUUGCCUGGUCAUACGUGGAAUCUGCGACUACUGUGAUUCGCACAAGAACAAGCAGUGGCAGGACUAUGCCGCAAUUGUGGCAGCUCUCUGCGCAAAGACCCUUUUCAAUGUCCUUCCCCCU